CCGCGCUGCUCUGGGCGGCAGUUCCGUGGCGGGAACCGAGGCUGCUCUGGGCACGGCGGUGGCUGGACGUCUCCUGGGCUCGUUACUCUCGGAUUGCGGGACGGAGCUGAGCCAUCGCGAGCGUCUCCUCUCCCGCUCCCGGAUACCCCAGGAUCGAGCCGGCGGCUGAGAGGCCCAGGCUGCGCCAGCUGGUCAGAGUGAAGUAGCCAUGCAGGCGUUUCUCAAAGGCACAUCUGCCGGUACUAAGCCACCACCGACCAAGGAUCGAGGAGUAGCUGCUAAUGCAGGCGGCAGUGCAGAGACCAAGAAAGCCAAACCUGUUCCAUGGGUGGAGAAAUACCGCCCGAAAUGUGUGGAUGAAGUUGCUUUCCAGGAAGAAGUGGUUUCCGUGCUGAAGAAGUCUUUAGAAGGAGCUGAUCUCCCUAAUCUGUUAUUUUAUGGGCCACCUGGAACUGGGAAAACAUCCACUAUAUUGGCAGCAGCUAGAGAACUCUUCGGGCCUGAACUUUUCCGGUUAAGGGUUCUUGAGUUAAAUGCAUCAGAUGAACGUGGAAUACAAGUAGUUCGAGAGAAAGUGAAAAAUUUUGCUCAAUUAACUGUGUCAGGAAGUCGUUCAGAUGGGAAGCCAUGUCCUCCUUUUAAGAUUGUGAUCUUGGAUGAAGCCGAUUCUAUGACCUCAGCUGCUCAAGCAGCUUUAAGACGUACCAUGGAGAAAGAAUCAAAAACCACCCGAUUCUGUCUCAUCUGUAACUAUGUAAGCCGAAUAAUUGAACCCCUGACCUCUAGGUGUUCAAAAUUCCGGUUCAAGCCUUUGUCAGAUAAAAUUCAACAGCAGCGAUUACUGGACAUUGCUGAGAAGGAAAAUGUUACAAUUAGCAAUGAGGGAAUAGCUUAUCUUGUUAAAGUGUCCGAAGGAGACUUGAGAAAAGCCAUUACUUUUCUUCAAAGUGCUACUCGACUCACAGGUGGACAGGAGGUCACGGAAAAUGUAAUCACAGACAUUGCUGGGGUAAUACCAUCAGAAACAAUCAAUGGAAUAUUUGCUGCAUGUCAAGGUGGCUCUUUUGACAAACUAGAAGGUGUGGUAAAGGACCUAAUAGAUGAGGGUCAUGCAGCAACUCAGGUUGUAAAUCAACUUCAUGAUGUGGUUGUGGAAAAUGAUGACCUUUCUGACAAACAAAAGUCCAUUAUCACUGAGAAAUUGGCCGAAGUGGACAAGUGCUUAGCAGAUGGCGCUGAUGAGCAUCUGCAAUUGAUCAGCCUUUGUGCAACUGUGAUGCAGCAGCUAACUCAGAAUUGUUAAAUUUUGUAAAAUAUGGAAUGAAAAUAAAGUGACGAAAAACCUUAAA